UAUUGCUGUCAAAACACGCGUUCUAUAAAAAGAUGCAUUUAAUAAAAAUAAGAUAAAACCUUUAUAAUUUUAUCAUUGUUGUGGCUGAAUUAUGUCCGGAGGAUUAAUAGAUAAAGUUUACAUAGGCUUGGACAACGCGCCGGCCGCAUUUGAUAUAAAAAGUCGUUUGCUUGGUCCAAAUGGCACCAACUUAGAAUACAUACGAUCAGAAACGGGAGUGGUUGCUAUUUUGAAAAGCGAUAAAUUUGAGCCUUUACAUUUGGCUUUGCAUCAUACGAGAUCGGAAGCUUUGGCUGCCGCGCGAUCUCUCGCUCAAAAUCUUAUUGAGACUAUACGAGUUGAGUUAGCUCAGUGGAGUGCUGCGCAGGCUGGGGGUCCCCCGCCGCCUCUUAACGUGCCGCCUCCGACGUUGACGACAACGACAGCUCCACCGUCUGUACCUCCACCAGUAGUAACCGUGGCUUUAUCUACGCCAUCAUCGUUAGCUACUUCAGCCCAUCCCACCGUACUACCACCAGUUGUCAGUAUGGCACCAGCUAGCACUCCCCUUAUGACAGUUCGACAACCAACCGUUUUACAAUUACUACCUCAACAGCAAUAUGUAUUAAAUCAAGAAAGUGGACAAUUAAUACCUAUAGUUCAACCGGGUGUCCAAAUGUCUAACACCAACUUCACAUCAUUACCUAUCGCACAACAAUUAGGUACACUCCAACAGCCAAAUUUUGGACAUACACAAAUUGUGGAUAUCUCAAACAUGCAACCUAUGAAUGUUACACAACUACGUCUCAGUGGUGUUCCAUCAUCAAUGUCAAUGAUACUUCCGAACGGUUUGAAUUUCCCUCAAGCCAGCUUAGCUACGGGUGAUUCAACAACAGUCAGCUCCGCAACAGCCACACCUGUGGUAUGCGCUGCACAAAACACAAGUGCUUCACAGAAAAUUCUCUACAGCACUGAUAAAGGAGACAAAGAGUUAAAGUACCAUAUUCAAGGGACUGACACAGUGCAGUGGACUGUACCAGGCUCUCAGACUAUGUUGAUACCAUAUCAACAAUUCCAAGAGUUUACGUCUAAUCAAACAGGAUUAACUAAUCUACAGCCUCAACAGUUUGUUUCUAUAGCACCUGCGGGUGGAUUUCAACAGACAUCUCUACCAUUGACAGCAACACAACUACAACAGUUGCAGACAACUGGCACUAUAAUGCAAUUUAAUCAGAAGCCCAUAGUAUGCAGUGCUUCACUCAUAAAUAUAAUAUCAAGUGGACAAGCAUCCUCUCCGCAAAUUAUUUCUAAUUCCACGCAAACAAAGAAUACACAAGAAUCUCGAGGUCAAAAGAGACUAUCGGAUGGUACACCUAGUCAACUACAACUCCGACCAAUAGCACCUGCCGGAUCUCAUGUAAGCCAGGACAAGAGCUCGACGAGAGAUUCCCGCUCCUGGACGAAUACUGCAGUUAGAGACAACGCCGUUGUCAGUAUGGGAAUGAAAAUUAAUCCGACGCACGGCACAAUUAUACAUGUUUCAUCUGGUCAACAGACUAACGUCUCAGCGUCGGGCAUCACUCAAGACGGUACAGGAAUGUACAUAAAGCAAAUAGAUCGCAAUGCAAUACAAAUACAGACAUCAAAAGAUGGCCAGAAACAAGACUUGACAAAUAAAAUACAAAGCACAGCUCAGAACGUGCAAAUGAUAACCGUGCCUCAAGGCAUGACCGUUCUACAGAAUCCUCUCAAUAUUGGCCAAAUGUCGACAGUCAUCGGCCAACCCAACAGUCAAGUUUACAUGAUCCCAGCGAAUCAUCCGAAUCUAGUCCAAGGAGGGUUGCCACCCGGAUUGAUCGGUCAACAGAUGCUGCAGUCGGGGCAGAAUGUAACGGUGAUGCAGCCCAACCAGCUGGGGAUGCCCGCCGGCAUGCAGUACAACGUACCUCUCAUGCCCGUCAACAUGCCCCCCAACUCACAGUACAUGCCCGCGGGAAUCAACUUGAACUCACAGCUUACGGCGCAGCAACUUAACGCUGCACUUGCUGGCCAACAAAUCGCAAAUCCUAAUCUAUCUAUGGCCGGAACAAUACCGAUAGUACAAGCACCGCCUACGUCGCCGCUCGCGAAUCCCGCCCAGACUAUACCCGCGUCGCAACCGCAACCGGUGCAUCAAAUCCUACCUCAAAACUCCACGUUUAUCACACCCACUUCUCAAUAUACGGGAAUUCCCCCUCAGUACAUGGUGCAAUCCAACACUAGCACCAUGAGCGUCCCACCGAACAAUGCCAAUCUUCAAUAUACGAUAUCCACCAAUCAAACCAACCCUGACACACCUACGAACGGCAACGGGCAAGCCAGUACAGCAGUGGACAGUGACAAUUCCAAUGGAGCCUCCAACCAAGCAGGCUACAUCUCGUCAUCGUCGCAAGACGGUUACGCGCUUUCAAACACCACAGCGGUCCAGAAUACCGUACAACAAAACUUCUCGACCGAUACCACCGCAACUCAGACUACCGGCUUCACAAACGGUAGCCAGACUACCAACGGGCAGACGUAUAACACGACCAACGGCAACAAUACCCAGGCACCGAGUUAUGUCACUCAGUCGGCAACGACUCAAUCCCCGGCAACGUACAACCCUGGCAAUGGUUCCGCGGCACAAGCUAACCAAAGCUACGGAGGUGCUGCAUCUCAGAAUACCCCCCAAUCUAGUUUCUCACCAUCAACCACGCCUGCUCCGAACCAGGCGUACCCAAAUGCCAAUAUGCCCAACCUAUCCAGUGUACCAUUCGCGCCUAACCAAGGCGCAAAUCCUUAUCCCAAUGCGACCGGUCAAAACUUAGCUGCUUACGCCCACAAUCCGUACCAAUAUAACAGCAGGCCAUGGUUCAGACCUCGGUUCGGUUCUCCGCAGGGCUCUCCUUACGGUGCGGCGGUAGCUCCCAAUGGAGCCAUGCCAGUGCCCCCUCCUGCAGGGAAUUACAACUACUGGCAGGACAGUUGAGAGUUGGACUGUUUCCUUGAUAAUGACCUUGAAUGAUAUCAGCAUUUCUGUCCCAAUUGGGAAAUAAUACAUUGGGACAAAACUGUAGUAACCAGUGAUCUGAUAGUUCUCGGUCUAAAUGUAGAUAAUUGUGUGAACACGGACAAUGUUUUACAGUAUUAUGAAGUGUAAAUUAGUUUAAUGUACAUUUGCUACAAACGUUUUAACGUGUUAGUGCAGUGUAAUUAUUUUUAAGUGUAUGUUCGUAGCAUAAUCAUACGUAUAUCUGUGGGUUUUCACUGCUAUAACAC